AUGACCGCUACAAUCCGGCAGCUCAGAAAAGCAGCCCGAAUCAUUCUCGUCGGUGCUCCUGGUGUCGGCAAAGGUACGCAAACUGAGCGGCUCCUCGCCAGAUAUCCAGAGCUCGCCUCCAUUAGCUCUGGCGACCUUCUGCGCGAGAAUGUCCGCAGGAAGACCCCUCUAGGCCUUCAAGCAGAAGCCACAAUGCAGUCCGGCAACCUUGUCCCCGACUCCAUGAUUCUCGACCUCAUAUCCUCUGAAUUCAAAUCACGCGGCUGGCUCUCGUCAGCGCCAAGUUCAUCAAUAAUUCCCUCUGCAUCUUUUAUUCUUGACGGCUUUCCGCGCACUGCGACUCAGGCUUCGAGCCUAGAAACCAUCAUUCCCGUGAACUUCGUCGUCCACCUCGUCACACCUCCUUCCGUCAUUCUCUCUCGGAUCGCGUCGCGCUGGGUACACGAGCCAUCCGGGAGGGUUUACAAUACCGAUUUCAAUGCGCCUAAAGUUCCCGGCAAGGAUGAUGUCACAGGGGAGCCUCUGACUCAGAGAGAAGAUGACUCGAUCGAUACGUGGAAGCAGCGAUUGCACAAGUUUGAAGAAACAAGCAAGGCAUUGCUAGAACACUACCAGCGUAAGGGCUGUCUAUGGCGUGUCGAGGGCGACACAAGCGAUGAAAUCAGUCCGAAGCUUUUUGCAGAGAUUGAGCGGCAGUUUUGCUAG